CUCGGGACUGCCGACGCAUCGUCUGUUAUUCCUACCCUAUAAUCCUCUACAACCAUCCCCAUAGUAAGCUUACAUUUGUGACCCUGGGAUUACAAUACAACUCCAAAUCCAACCCAUCAGUCACCCAAUUUUUUGAACUGCAAAGUACAGAGAGUAGAAAGCAAAGGCUGAAGCUUUUUCAUAUUUUUUUAUAUUUAGAACAUAUUUUUUUCUGGGUUUUCUGCAGACUCUCUCUCACUCAUGGAAUUGUAGAUUUGGGGUUUUGAAGGUCCACAUUUGUGAGGAUUUUUCAGGCUCUUGGCCUUCGCGAGAUGGGCAAAUCACCGGCCAAAUGGAUCAAAACGGUGCUGUUUGGAAAGAAAUCUUCGAAAGCCGGCAUUCCUAAAGGAAGAGAGAAAAUUACAAAUCAGAAAGAGGUGGUGAUUGCUGCCAGGGCAACCGGAGCUGAUUAUUCUUCAGAUCCACCUGUGGCUUUUCAUGAAACCACCAACACCAUAGAUAACAACCGAGACUUAGAAUUGGAGAACAAGGAAACUCCAAGUGUAUUAAGUGAUGGAGGUCCAGGAAUUCAAAGUACAGAAACACAAGGACCCGUGCCACAAGAUGUGGCGCAUGAUCCUGAGAGAAUCAGGCAAGAGCAAGCUGCAACAAAGGCGCAGGCUGCCUUUAGGGGUUAUCUAGCACGCCGAGCAUUUUGGGCCCUCAAAGGAAUAAUAAGGUUACAGGCACUUAUCCGGGGGCACCUGGUUCGGAGACAAGCUGUUGCUACUUUGUUCAGUAUGGCGAGCAUUGUCAAGUGUCAGGCACUUGCUCGUGGAAAACGGGUGAGACAGUCUGAUGUUGGGCUGGAAGUGCAAAAGAUAUGCAGUGUGAUGCCUCUGGAGGGCAAGCUAGUGAAUCCUGUUGGAGUUAAUACGUCAGUUCAAAUGGCAAAGCUGUCAGCAAAUGUUUUCAUUCUCAAGCUUCUUGCUUUCUCACCUACUGUGAUGCCGCUGAGUUUGCAAUAUGAACCUGGGAAUCCAAAUUCAGUUUCAAACUGGUUGGAACGAUGGUCAGCAACCCAUUUUUGGAAACCAGUUCCCCAACCAAGGAAAGUUCUAGAUUCAAAAUCUCAAAGAAAGCACCCGGAGGCUCAAACAGUCAGGGUAAGGCGCAACAGCCGGAGGCUUUCUUCUGCAAAUGUUGAAAGUGUCUCAGUGCAAGCAACCUCUGAAUUUGAGAAACCCAAGCGUAACCUUAGGAAAGUUCCUAGCAAUCCUACAGAUGCAGUGCAGGAAAACCCACAAGUUGAGCUUGAAAAGGUUAAACGUAAUUUGAGGAAGGUUCAUAUUCCCAUUGUAGAGAACUCUGUGCAGGCAGAAAGUGAAGCUGAGGGUAUCAAACAGAGUUUGGAAAAGGCAUCAAGCACUUUGGUUCCUGAUGUUCUUGAAGGUACUAGUAACUCUGUCGAGAAGUUUAAGAAAGAGCUAACCUGGAUUCCAUCCAGUCGGCCUGAUACAGAAAUAACUCCUGAACCAUCGGCACCAAAAGAGGUAUUUAACCUGUCAUAUAUUGAUCAAGCUGCAGAAGAUCUGAAGCCUUUGACAGAUAGCACUAGUAAAGAUGUGAAUACACCUAGCGCUGAAGCUGCAAUUGAGUCGAAGAUUUUAACAGAGAGCAAUGGUCAGGAUGAAAAUAUCUCAUCCUCAAACGGGGUUUUGAGCCAAAGGGAAGAUUUAACAACCAAUGACAACCAGAAAUCUAGCAGGAAAGCUUCUACUCCAGCAAAACAAGAACGUUCAGAGAAUGGGUUGCAAAGCAGUCCAACAGUACCAAGUUAUAUGGCUGCAACUGAAUCUGCAAAGGCAAAGCUGAGAGCACAAGGCUCCCCUAGGUUGGCACAAGACGUGACUGAGAAAAAUAAUUCUACUCGUCGUCAUUCUCUGCCAUCAGCAACUAAUACCAACAUAAGCUCACAAUCGCCAAGGAUGCAUCGACUUGUUCAAACAGGUGGCAAAGGAGGAAAUAAAAGUGACAAACCUCGGGCAACUUCGAGAGAUGGAAUUGGAAAGGUAACCCAAACAGAGUGGAGGAGGUGACCGAUAAGGUGAUUUUCAAUAUAAAGUGUCAGUCAUUCGUCUCGGUUCUUUAUUUUUACGCAUUUUGUGAUUCAAAGUGUUUUUAAACUGUAACGGCGUCUGUAGUUUAGAAGGCUGUGGCCAUCAGCCAAGAGCCUCUCGUGAUUUGUCCGCGUUUGUGAUAUUUGAUGAGUGAAUGUACAUCAUAGGUUUCAUGCAUUAAGUCUCAGACAUGGUUGAUUUAUUCAGUCUUACGACGCGAUUUCUGGCCAUUCGUAACGUGUAUUGUAUAGAGGAUUAUCAGUUUAUCUGCACUUUCGUGUAUGCUCUGCUUCAUGCUGCGAACUUGAUCAUUUGUAAUGCUUGCAAGUGGCUGACUGAUUCUGUA